AUGUCAAACAACGAUCAAAACCCCGGACUCCUCGGUGGCCUUGGCGAUACCCUCGGCAAGACAGUCGGCGGCGUGACAAACACACUGGGCACGACCGUCAGCGGCCUCGGCUCAACCGUGGGUAACACAACCGCUGGCCUUGGACAGACUGUCUCGGGUGCAACUGAAGGUGUCGGGAAUACCGCGAAGGGUGCUGGACAAGGCUUGCAGAGUGGUGUUUCUAGUAUCGGGGGACAGAAGCAGACUGCUGACAACCCACUUGGCUUGAAUAACUAG